AUGAAGGGCUUGAUGAGAUUUGGGAAAAAGGGAAAGUUAGCACUUCGUUUCAUUGGGCCAUUCGAGAUCUUGAAUCAUGUGAGAGUCAUAGCAUACCGCUUGGCACUACCUAUCGUGUUAGCUAACAUACACAAUGUCUUCCAUGUAUCUAUGUUGAAGAAAUACAUGCCAGACGAGUCGCAUAUCAUCAGCUGGGAACAGGUUAAACUUACAAACAACACUUCCUACACAGAGGAACCUAUCCGCAUCAUGAACAAAGAGCAAGUCCAACGGACAAAGACAAUACCGCUGGUCACAGUCCUCUGGUUGCAUCAUGGAAAAGAAGAGGCAACUUGGGAAUGGAAAGUAGAGGUUAAGGAGAAGUACCCCCACCUAUUCGACGACACAUCACAAGCUCGCAUGAACUUUACCAUAUUCUACUCUUCUACCAUUAAUGGAGCUGCAAAUUCUACAGUAUUCUUUCAGCUCAAGGCAUCUGCAACUAGAUUGGCUUUACCAGGAUGGUAG